CGGUCAAUCGACAUCGAUCAGCAUAAGGAUAUAUAUCACCCUGAUACCUCCUUCACUGCCUCAGCCUCCCCCAUAGUAUACACAUCUACUCCAGUUUGUUACUACCUACUCCACCCAACAAGACAUCGAACUUGAACAUCGACUACACUUCCUGUCCUGUCGACCUAAUAGUACUGUCGAUAAUUACCAUAUCACCACACCAUCUUCACACAAAAGACUUUAUCAAUGUCCUCUCAACGAUCUACUUCAAUGGAGGCCCAAGAUAACAUUCGAAAGCGUGUUUGCAAAGCAUGCGACCGCUGCCGUCUAAAGAAAUCCAAGUGCGAUGGCGCGAGCCCAUGCAGUAGGUGUAAAGCUGACAACGCUAUCUGCGUUUUUGGUGAGAGGAAGAAGUCGCAAGACAAAGUCUAUCCCAAAGGAUACGUUGAGAUGCUUGAGCAACAACAAUCACAACUCGUUGCAGGUCUCCGAGAGCUAUAUUCACGCCUCCAGACUGGCCAAGGGUGGCCUGGUGCACCUCUUCGCGAUGCUCAAUCUGGACAUCCUUUGACACACGACAUCCUUGAACGCCUUGACCUUCUCCACCCUACCAGUGAUAGCAACAGCAACUACGAGGGAUUCGAGGAGGACUGCAGUCGCAUGCAGCGCAAGCUUCUUGAGCGCGGCGCACCAUACACCCGCCGACGCGGAUCGAUAAGUUCCAAUUCGGAUCACGACCACACCUCCUCGUCGGCAUCUUCCUUCAGCGGAACACCUACUACUAGGAUGCUUGCUUACAACGAUCCCUUCACGCGCCACAUGACACCACCAACACCACCAAUGCAGAGCCCCUUCCCCAAGCAAUCGCAAAUCACACCAUCCGUCAAGCAAGAGCAAAUCACCCCGGCAGCGUUCAUGAACAACGGUGCGUUAGAUCCUUCAGCAUUGAACCGACAAACGUGGGAGCCCAUGAUGAUGGACGAGCCAAUCGACUUCGGCAAGCCCAUGUACCCAUUCGAUUCGUAUAACAGCUUCGACUCGAACGGCAUGGUUCUCGAUCCAUGUGUCAUCCCCGGAGCACCAAUGAUGUCCGAGUGGAACGAACCUAGCGACCUCGACUUCAGUAGCUUCAUCCAGAACCCGAUGAAUGCUUAAAGAAAGAAGGAAGAGAUUCUUUUCUUAUUGUUCUCCCCGCAAAGGAAAGAAAUUGCAGGUUCGCUACCUUUCCGAGAUUGACAUUUAUUGCUGCAAACGUCCCGCGUUCUAGCGUUUUGGGUAUGGUUCCGACUUAUAGAAUUUUUAACGACACUUUUUGGAGAAUCCGGCCAUGGAUUGGUUUGGCGUUUUAGUAGCUCCUUUGGGAGCCAACAAGGGAAUUGGAGAGGGAGAGAGGAGGGGGAGGCUUAAUCAU